AUGAAACCCGUCUUGAGUCUCUCGCUCGCCGCGGCUCUCGCCCGGCUGUCGUCGGCCACGCCCAUCGUCAUCGACGAGGCGACGUUCAAGGCCAACGGCGGCGACCUUUCCGACAUUCCCAACAGCAUCCGGACCAAGAACGAAGUGCUGCGCUCGUACAGCUACAACGCGCCGUGGCUCGUCGUCGGCGACAUUGGCGGCUGCACCGCCACCUGGCUCGGCGACAAGGACGGCAGCACGUACAUCCUAACCGCCGCGCACUGCGUCGGCUACACCGGUGAGGUGACAAGCGUUAACCGGCAGUUUACCGCGUGGGACGGACGCGUCAUCGCCUCCGGCGCCGGCACCGCAUACGUACCGCCCGAGCGCGUCAACGUGCCCCCGGGCAUGGGCGGCGCCUCGACUGACAUUGCGCUGCUCAAGCUGCCCACGCGCGCGCAAAUCGUCGGCAAGACGGGCCUGCCGCUAGACCGGCCGCUGCUCAACGACGCGCUGGACGAGCGCGGCCGUGACGUGAUCCUGGUCGGCUACGGGACGUGGGGCGUCGGCACAGACGUCAGCGGCUCGUACUUUCCAGCGUCAGGCGCGCGGCGGCUGUACGGACGCGGGCGUAUUGAUAGCAUCUUUGAGCUUGACUAUGGCAUCGGCGCAACGUUUCAGCCAACCGGGCCGUCGAAGUCGUGGGCGCGCGUGGCGCCUGGAGACAGCGGCUCGGCGUGGUGGCAGAUACGCGAUAACCGGGCCGUCAUCAUCGCGACGACCAACGGCGGGCAUGGCACGCUAUCGACAGGCGCGCGCGUCUCCAAGUACAUUCGCUGGAUUCAGGGCAUCUACGCCGACGCGCUGCUGUCAUCGGCAGCUAAGCCGCUGGGCUGCAUCGUUAACAUUGACAACGACGACAAGUACUGCCUGCAGGCGGGCGAGCGAUCCCCGUACUCGCUGCCGAGCUGGAUCUAUAAUAAGCAGGUGUACGUGGACGCCGCGCCGGGCACCGCCGUGGUGCUGUCCGACUGGGACAACCUGUCGUACAACCGCCUCGCCAGGUUUGAGGGCACCGUAGAAAACGACAGGCUCAAGGCCGUCAAGGCGGACAACGGGGAGACGCUCGACUUUUCGCAUCCCAAGUCUAUGCGCGUCGUGACGAGCAGCACGGCGCUCGGCUGCAUCUUUGGGCUCACGAGCGGCCGCAAGUAUUGCCUCCCGGCCGGGCAGCGGUCGGGCUAUGAGCUGCCCGGAUGGAUCAGCGGGCUGGAUGUGCAGGUCCAGCCGGCAUCGGGCGCCAAGGUGACGCUGUGCGACUGGGCAAAUCUUUCGUACAAUCGCCUGGCGACUUUUGACAGCUUUGUGCAGAACUGGGAGCUGAAGAACGUGACGGCUGCGAAUGGGCAGAUGCUUGACUUUUCACGGCCCAAGUCGAUGAGGGUGUCGUGA